CUCGAGCUGGUGGUAAGGCAAAGUCGACCACUUUUCUAGAGCGAGCGCUGUGCGAUGGACGCUAUGGAGAGCGGCGAUGCCACACGCCUCGCCCGCAAGCGGAUCCGCGACCGCCGCGCCAAGCAGGCCGCGCGCCAGCGCUUCCUCGACGAGUACCACGCGCUGCAGUCGUCAAUUGCGAGCCUCUCGGCGUCGCUGGCGGCGCGGGAGGCAGCCCGCCCGUCCUCCGCGUACCUUUUGAGCUGGCGCGAGGUGGCAUCGUCGCUUGCCAAGGCCAAGGACAAGAGCGUUGCAACCCAGCACGAUCUUCGAUAUCGCGUGACGCAGCUAAGCCGUCUCUCGCAGAGCCUCCAAACCUGGCUUACAUCGUUGGCUGUCGUUCCCAAGCCGCCGACGUCGCCUGCGUUUGCAUGGAAAGAUGUGCACUUGUCGUCCGACGCGGCGCUGCGGUCAGUGGCGCUCGAUUGGAUCGCCAAGCAAAUGCUCCACGCGACGCCGCACCAAGUGCCGGACGCUCUCUUCCCAAGCGACGUCGAGGACGCUGUGCAUGGUGUGUGGAGCCCCGACGGCGGCACUGUCUACGUGCAGCUGGUCGUGGAGGCCACGCUCCUCGAGGCGGCGACAGCCGGGUGGGCGUUUAGCCAAGCGCUCCCGACGAUCAUGCACGAAUCGCGCGGAGGCAUUUCGACGCUCCACCACGCGGCGACGUCCCACGGGCGCCUUAGCUACAACCGCGAAGAGUUUCCAAGCCGCGUCUCGAACGGCUUGUACACGUGCUUUCUCGAGCCCGACCGCGCCGUGACGCACUAUCGGACCAUUCGCUACGAUGACGCGUCCCCCAUUACCGCAUCCGCCGCCAUGUUGGAGGACGUUCAGGAAUGGAAUGUGAUUCGACGCGUGUCCAUGACGAAAUGCCUCAUUCGAUCUGCGCAUGUGUACCAGCCGUACAACCACCACGCCUCGAUGGUCUCGUACGCCCACGAAAUCACACCGGGUUUGGUCGAGACGUUGGCGCCGAAAGAAGGGACCGAGUUGGAAGAUGCGAUCGCGAACCGGUUCGUUGCCGAUACGUGCGCGAUGCUAGAGGGCAUGGGUGGUAUGUUCCGCAAGCUACUGCGCCACGUGCAAGCCAACCCGGACGCGUAUCCUCGGCCGUACUAAGUCGAAAUUUUGAACAUUUCGACGCAGUUCGUGUUGUC